AUGAGUGGAAAGCAUCCGACGCCGAGGCCAUUCUGGCAUCGUACAUUCUCACAAGCGCAAACAUGGGGCCGUCCGAUAGGGAAAGACGCUCACGGCGGAGAAGAUGUCAGACCAGAGUAUCUAAAUUCGAUGAUGCCCCAUAGUAAGGAGGCUGGCUUCGGAAAAGAGAACCUCGUUCACACGGGUGACGCAUAUGCAAAUGAGUGGCCUAGUGAACAAGAGUGGGAGGUCCCUAAUGCAGCGAGAGAUUAUCCAUACCUGCAGCAUGUCAAAAUACUAUCCCAAGGCUGGCCGCACCUUCGCUUUCUUGCUCAAUGGAUGGAAGUCACAACAUCGCCCAUCAAAUGGACGCAAUUCAAAAAGAUGUCAGCGCCCAAAAGAGAUAGCAUUCUUAGGGAAAGGGCAUCUCGCACGAAUGUUGCCGUUAUGGACUUCAACGAGGACGGAACAGCUAAGCUUGUGAGUAGAAUCGACAACAGCCAAAUACUGUGUACACAACUCCAAGAAAAUCAGCCAGCGGGUGUGAGUCGUUUGUACAUCGUCGAGGACCUUUCGCGAGACACAAUCGAGUACUUGGGCCGGUACUUGGACAUUGAUCCGCUGUUCUUUCGAGAUCACCUCAACGACUAUUGGUGGUACAAUGUAAACGAUCCAUGGGUUGAGCUACCAGACUUAGAUGUGGUGUCGAAAGACCGCGAUUUCUUCCGGCUUAGCUAUGUACAACCGCGAUAUUUUGAAGACGACAACAGCUUUCUAAGGGCAAAAACGCAAACAGGAAACUUCAAUGUGCUUCGCAGACUCGAUGACGACAGAGCACAUAAAGCCCUCUUUGACUCUGACAGUGCCAUCGUGGCGCUUGUCAGGAGCAAAACGUCCUUGUGGGUCAAACCGCAUCCCAAAACCCAAAAGGGCAACUUCACUGGUGUGCUGUUGGUAGACCCCUCCAUCACGGAAGGCUCUGCUCUUUGGAAAGGUUAUCGCUCAUUCUGGAGGUCUCCGAAAUUCAGCGAGAGCAAGAGCGCAUACCCGGUGCCUGAAAAAAGUAAACUUUUCGAAGACCUUAUCUUCUGGAUCCAACAUAUGGAACCUGUUGAUGUCAAAGCUGUCUAUUCUAACCCAAAAGUUAUGAUCUUCCGAAUGGCUCAACUGGUCUGCUCCGAUUGGAAUAUCAUGAUUCGGUACAUCCUGGCUCGGCUGAACAUGAUCGAGUGGGAACUAGAACGGCCUGAUUUCCGUCCUGACUCGACCAAGAUCGAUGCAUCUCUUGGCAAACUACACACGUGGCGUCGACGCCUGCCUCUCUACAAGGUCAUGGUCAGAGAAACCCAGGAGAAACUAUUCCACGACAUCAAGAAAGGACAACACGAUUGUUUCGCCCAAAUGAGGAAGGACUUCAAAACAGUCGCUGCUGGCCUGGUCGAGUUGUACGAGCGCACAGAACGUAUCGCCACUGUUGCCACAGCUGUGACGUCGAUCGAGGAGGCCCGACGUGCCAUGGACCAGAACCGCGCAUUGGGUCGCUUGACCUACCUGGCAGUCAUCUUUGCGCCAUUGAGCUUCAUCAGCAGUUUCUUCAGCAUGGCUCCCGAACUAGGGGAACUCACGACCACCAUCUGGAUAUAUUUCGUGGUUGCACUUCCAGUCAGUCUGAUCGCGUUUCUCCUCGUGGAACCUUCGGUGCUGGCGUUCCUGCGGAGUUACCUUCCAGGUUAUAAGGGCAAGAAGAAUUGA